AGUGGAAGCAAAAUAACCUGCCAAACAGAUGAAGGCCGUGGUCGCAUAAUGAUUGCGUCAGACAGGGCAACCGUGUUUCUUUUAAGGAACGAGGCGCUCAGCAAUGGCAUCAGAAGACGAAAUUAGUCUUCUGGUCAUUGUGGUUGACGUCAACCCCAUUUGGUGGGGUCAGCAAUCUCAGAGACAACCAGAGUUCACUCUGUCAAAAUGUCUGGACGCGGUGAUUGUCAUGGCAAACUCCCACUUAGUGAUGACUCGAUCCAACAGACUGGCCAUCAUCGCUAGCCACUGUCAGGAGAAUCACUUUCUGUACCCAAGCAAGCACUGGAGAACAGGAGAUGCUGUCGGGGAUCAUGUAGCCGUGUCUGGGAACGGUGACGGCAAAUACGAGCUGCUGUCUGUCGGUGAUGACAUCAUCGCAGAAGAGAUCAGGAAUCUCAUGGCCAGAACGCAAGUGAGAGGCCACCAGACCGACACGUUACUGGCUGGAUCCCUCGCCAAAGCUCUCUGCUAUAUUCAUCGAGUGUCUAAGGAACUGGAAGCUGGACAAGACAUGAAAUCAAGGAUAUUGGUGAUAAAAGCAGCUGAGGAUUGCGCUCUGCAGUACAUGAACUUCAUGAACGUGAUCUUUGCUGCACAGAAACAGAAUGUCCUGAUUGAUGCGUGUGUGCUGGACUCUGAUUCAGGCCUUUUGCAGCAGGCUUGUGACAUAACUGGUGGUCAGUACCUAAAGAUUCCCCAGAAAACUGCACUGGCACAGUAUUUGUUGUGGGUUUUCCUGCCUGACGCAGAUCAGCGUUCCCAGUUGGUUCUUCCUCCACCGGUACACGUUGACUACAGAGCAGCCUGCUUCUGUCACCGCAACCUCAUCGAGAUCGGCUACGUCUGCUCAGUGUGUCUGUCAAUAUUCUGCAACUUUAGUCCGAUCUGCACAACCUGCGAGACUGCCUUUAAGAUCCCCCUGCCCCAGAUGAUGAAACCGAAGAAAAAGAAACUUAAAGCAGCAAACUGAUCCCCUCGUCUGACCUUGUGACCUCGAAUAUUAAACCCAGAACUGAGUUUUAUUUGGAUGUGUAUUUUUUUGAGGGACAAGAACUCAAAACCAUGAAAGUGGGCAUUCGAUUUUUUUCUUCUUCUUUUUUUGUAGGAAACACGCAUUUAACAAGAACAAGCUUUGACUGUUAAGGACAAUAUUUUCAGGGGAACUAUUGCAGGUUCACAUUUUUGUAUUUGUAAAUAGAAAAAUAAAAAUGAUGCGUUUUGAUUAUA